AAAAUAGAAAAGAAAAAUAGAAAAAGGGGAAAAAGGGGAAGUGGGAGAGAUUUCUCUUGCCGUUUGCCUCGUCACUCGUAAGGAGGAACAGAGAGAAGAAACUCGCGCGUGUCAUGCACAGCCAGGGUAGGAAGUGGUAAUGUGAUUAUGCUCAUGGAUGCUUUGUCUCAUUCCGGCCUUUAGAUUCCUAUAAGGUUAUUAAGUAUUGGCUCAUCACUAUAUAUUCUUUGGCCAAGAUGUUGGAACGUGCACAGUCAAAGGAAGUUGGUUGCCACAGUCAACACAAUGCUGUCCCUGUUAUUCCGAAAUUGUCUGAAUGUGAUGAAAGUCCUUUGGAAUUGGUGGAGGAUGAGGAUGAAGAUGAGGAUGUGGAUUUCAAUCCCUAUUUAAAAGAAAGUCCUUCACUGGAAGCUUCUUCGAGCUUGAGCUCUGAAAUUGAAGGUCCAGAUACCAAUGUUGCUGACAGUGGUGGAAGCACUUUUGUACCUGUAGGUCCUAAUUUGUUGUCAAACCUAAACAUGGAGGUCCAAGAAUGUGCAAUUGGAGAUUCGGAGCAUCAAGAGGAGAGUGUGAUGCAAGCUGUAGUAUAUCCUGCAGGGAUUUCUGAAAAUAAAGCAGACAAAAUUGUUUCAAGUAGACAUAAGAAGAGAAAAUCUGUUUUGAUCUCCCAACCAGAAACUGAAACUAUUUGUGAAAAGGAAAAUGGUUCAUGCAGUGGAACUGAUGUUGCUCAUGAUGCUGCCAUAGGAGCGUUGAGUGAUACAACCCAUUCCAGGAAGCCCAUUAUGGAUUUAGAUGAUGAGGAUGCCAUCUGCACGCGCACUAGGGCACGCUAUUCACUUGCCAGUUUUACUCUCGAUGAACUUGAGACUUUUCUUCAAGAAACAGAUGAUGAUGAUGAUCUUCAAAAUGUCGAUGAUGAAGAAGAAUACAAGAAAUUUCUUGCGGCUGUUUUAUUGGGUGGAGAUGGUGACAAUCAGAAAAUACUAGGAAAUGAAAAUGCUGAAGAUGAAGAUGAAGAUGAAGAUGAAGACAAUGAUGCAGACUUUGAAAUAGAAAUUGAAGAAGCACUUGAAAGUGACCUUGAUGAAAAUACAAGGGGUGGGAGCCAAAAAGAGGAGCAUAAGGCAACUGUUCGACGACCUGAGACUAGGCAAAAUAAACGCCAGAAAGCAAAUGCCCAUGAUAGAAAAAUGCUCUUGGGACAGGCCAAGAGGCCAUUGCGCCCCCUAUUACCUAUCUUUCCAAAUGUGACAAUUGCCCCUUUCCCUUCUUUUGAUGGGAAAAAUUUAAUGGCUGAGACAGCUCCACACCAUCUGUCUUCCUCAGCACAUGAUGGUCUGGUAAAUGGAUUUACUCCACAUCAGAUAGGCCAAUUGCAUUGUCUGAUUCACGAACAUGUGCAACUUCUUAUUCAAGUAUUUUCUCUGUGUGCGCUUGAACCUUCUCGUCAGCACAUUGCAUCCCAAGUCCAGGGAUUGCUUUCAGAGAUGCUCCAUAAACGGGAUCAAAUAUUAUCAUGGAGACAUGUGCCAUAUCCCACCUUUUGCUUUCGGCCUCCAUACAUUCAUCCAUCAAUACUAGAUGAAAUUCCCAAAAAUUGCCCAGCACAAUGUACCUUUGAAUCAUCUCAACCUGAUCUGCAGAAAGACUGUUCUUCUGCAAGUAAUGAUUUGCCACCUUCUGAUAACAUGUCCCCUUCCAGAGGAAGAAAUGAACUUGCUUCUAAUGGGCAUGUCAAUUCCUUUCAAAUUAAAGCCUCUUUCUGGGUGCCGUAUGUAUGUGAUCCAGUUCUAUCCAUUUUGGAUGUUGCUCCACUUAGUUUAGUUAGAGGAUACAUGGAUGAUAUUUCUACAGCUGUGCGAGAGUAUCAGCGCCAACAUGUGCAAGGUACUUGUGAUUCCCGAUUUGAUAGGGAACCUUUGUUCCCCUUUCCUAGUUUCCAGUCACUUGCUGAAGCUAGUGGCGAAGUUUCGAGAGGAACCAUGCCUCCUGCUACCAACAUGGAGCUAGUUUCUUCAUCUAGUCACCAACCACCUAAAAAGACAUUGGCUGCUGCACUUGUGGAGAGUACCAAGAAGCAGUCAGUUGCUCUGGUCCAUAAGGAAAUUGUCAAGUUAGCCCAGAAAUUUUUUCCAUUGUUCAAUUCAGCACUGUUUCCACAUAAGCCACCUCCCACACCUGUUGCAAAUCGAGUGCUUUUCACCGAUUCAGAGGACGAAUUACUAGCAAUGGGGUUGAUGGAAUAUAAUUCAGACUGGAAGGCAAUUCAGCAACGUUUUCUUCCUUGCAAAACUAAGCAUCAGAUAUUUGUUCGGCAGAAAAAUCGUUGCUCCUCUAAAGCACCUGAUAAUCCAAUAAAGGCAGUUCGGAGGAUGAAAACCUCUCCCUUGACUGCUGAAGAGAAAGAACGUAUUCAGGAGGGACUAAGGGUUUUUAAACUUGAUUGGAUGUCCAUAUGGAAAUUCAUCGUCCCGCAUAGAGAUCCAUCCUUACUACCCAGGCAGUGGCGGAUUGCUCAUGGAAUUCAGAAGUCAUAUAAGAAGGAUACAGCUAAAAAGGAGAAGCGGCGGUUAUAUGAAUUAAAUAGAAGAAAAUCCAAAGCUGCAGCUGGGCCAAUUUGGGAAACGGUAUCUGAAAAAGAGGAAUAUCAGACUGAAAAUGCAGUUGAAGAGGGUAAAAGUGGAGAUGAUGACAUGGAUAAUGAUGAUGAAGCUUAUGUUCAUGAGGCAUUUUUGGCAGAUUGGAGGCCAGGUAAUACCAGUCUCAUUUCUUCUGAACUCCCUUUCUCGAAUGUUACAGAAAAAUACCUACAUAGUGAUUCACCCUCACAAGAGGGUACUCAUGUCAGGGAAUGGACAAGUAUUCAUGGGUCUGGAGAAUUUCGACCUCAAAAUGUACAUGCGCUCGAGUUUCCAGCUGCUUCAAAUUACUUCCAGAAUCCACAUAUGUUUUCUCAUUUUCCUCAUGUUAGAAAUUCAACAUCUUCUACUAUGGAGCCGAGUCAGCCAGUUUCUGAUUUGACUUUAAAAUCCUCUAAAUCUCAAUUCUGUUUACGGCCAUAUCGAGUUCGUAGAAAUAGCAGUGCACACCAAGUGAAAUUAGCACCAGACUUGCCUCCAGUAAAUCUUCCACCAUCUGUUCGUAUAAUAUCUCAGUCAGCUCUCAAAAGUUAUCAAAGUGGGGUUUCUAGUAAGAUUUCUGCUACUGGUGGUAUUGGUGGCACUGGAACUGAAAAUAUGGUUCCGAGACUUUCUAACAUUGCAAAGUCAGGAACCUCCCAUUCAGCAAAGGCUAGACAGAAUACAAGUAGCCCUUUGAAACAUAAUAUUACAGAUCCGCAUGCACAGAGAUCCAGAGCCCUCAAAGAUAAAUUUGCUAUGGAAGAAAGAGGCAUUGAAUCAGAUCUUCAUAUGCAUCCUUUGCUGUUCCAGGCCUCCGAAGAUGGACGUUUGCCAUAUUAUCCCUUCAACUGCAGUCAUGGUCCUUCAAACUCUUUCAGUUUCUUUUCAGGAAAUCAGUCUCAAGUAAAUCUCAGUCUCUUUCAUAAUCCCCACCAAGCAAAUCCCAAAGUCAAUUCCUUCUAUAAAUCUUUAAAGUCAAAAGAAUCCACACCAUCUUGUGGUAUUGACUUCCAUCCACUUCUUCAAAGAUCGGAUGAUAUAGAUAAUGACCUGGUAACUUCACGCCCAACUGGUCAGCUGUCUUUUGAUUUGGAAUCAUUUCGAGGCAAACGUGCUCAACUUCAGAAUUCUUUCGAUGCUGUUCUGACCGAACCACGUGUCAAUAGUGCACCUCCAAGGUCUGGCACAAAACCCUCCUGCCUAGAUGGAAUAGAAAAUGAAUUAGAUUUGGAGAUUCAUUUAAGUUCUACAUCCAAAACGGAGAAAGUUGUGGGGAGCACAAAUGUUACUGAAAAUAACCAAAGGAAGUCUGCAAGUACUUUGAAUUCUGGAACUGCAGUAGAAGCUCAAAACUCUAGUAGUCAGUAUCAUCAGCAAAGUGACCAUCGCCCAUCAGUUUCUAGUCCCCUCGAAGUUAGAGGCAAGCUUAUUUCUGGUGCUUGUGCAUUGGUUCUUCCGAGCAAUGACAUUCUUGAUAAUAUAGGUGACCAGUCCCUUCCAGAAAUUGUGAUGGAACAGGAAGAGUUAAGUGACUCUGAUGAAGAAAUUGGAGAACAUGUAGAGUUCGAGUGUGAGGAGAUGGCAGACUCUGAAGGUGAGGAAUCAUCAGACUCUGAACAGAUUGUUGACUUACAAGAUAAGGUUGUCCCUAUUGUUGAGAUGGAGAAGCUUGUUCCAGAUGUGGAUUUUGACAAUGAACAAUGUGAACCAAGGCGCAUUGAUAAUCCUCAAAGCAAUGAUUGUAUCACAAAGGACAGCACUUCUCCUGUUAGGUUGGGUUCCACGGGUCAAGAAAGGGAUACCAGGUGCAGUUCUUCAUGGCUAAGCCUAAAUUCGUGUCCUCCAGGUUGUCCUCCCCAGGCGAAGGCCCAUUGCAUACAGAGCAGCAAUGAGGAGGGCCCUGAUAUGAAAAAUCAGGAACCACCCCGGCCCAAUAGAUCUAGCAGGAAGACAACACCAAUCCCAAAGUACGUUGCAGCACAGAAGCAACCUAUGAACAUGCCACCACAGCUUGGCCAAGAUUCUCUUGCUGUUAUCCCAGUGAGGAAACCCAGAAAGCGGUCAGGCAGAACUCAUCCAAUUUCAAAUCUGGGAAUGACUGUGGAAAGCUCUGACCAAGCAUGUAACAAUGAGCUGGGUUCAGACCAGCUCCGUUAGUACAUGCUGGGUUUGUUUCCUUUUUCCUUUUUCUUUGUGAAUAUGAAUUUUGAGAAAAGACAGGGGUAGAUUAACGAUGGUUGAUUUACCCGUGUUUUUUUCGAGCCAUGUACAGACAUGUUGCUUGUAUAGGUGAUUUAUAUUAUACCAUCCUAACUUUCUGGGUUGAAA